AUGUAAAUUAAUUUUUGCACUCCUCAGUUCUUUUUUAAUAUUUCUCAAAAGUUCCCAUUCAUUGUGUAUGAUUUUAGAGAAUAUUAAAACGGUUCCCUAAAAAAUAGCAUUCAUAUAACCAAUUUGGAUAGGAUCGAAACAGUUGCAGAUGUUUAAAAACAUUUUCAAUAUCCAGAAUAAAUUUCAGAACAUCAGAAACUCGAAAAAUUAUUUAACAACAGAAAGAGGAAUUAUAAUUUUUUUGUUCCCUUCGAUACAUCAGACAUGUUCAGUUUGAUAUUUAAACAUAAAGUGAAAAGUGAAGGAUCACAAGCUUGUGAUUAAUUCUAAAUUCCUACAAAAGAAGUUAUUCAGUUAUGGGAGGAGAUUUCCAAAAUAACCCAGAAGAACAAUACGCAUCAACGGAAAAAUAGAGCUUAAACAAUGAUCCUAUAAUCAGUUGACGAUGAAAUUGUUGAAGACCCUUAGCAAUAAAAUUUAUUUUAAUCAGGAAUCAAAUAAACUAUUAUAUCAAGUCGAAGACUUCUUGAAUUCCAUGAAACGACAAUAUCAAGCGGCCCGAAGAUUAAGUUCAGAUCAGCUAGCCAACCAUAAAGGAUGGACUACGGAGAUGAUUGCUUCUAUACAAAUUCAUAGAUAUUUGAAUUAACGUUAAAGGCUUAUCAAGUAUUCUAGAAGGAGAAGAUUAGCCAAAUCUUCAUUCUUUUGGAUCCUAUUCAAAUUACUUUUACUAAUUACCCUUUUUUGAAUUAUAGUGUAGUAAGAAAUAGAGGUUUCUUGGAUAAGACAUUUCCUAAUGAAAUAAUUGAGAAGAAAUUGUACUUGGGUAGUGGUGAGCAUGCUAAAGACACUGAAAUGCUCAUAGACAUCUUAGGCAUAACUCAUGUUGUAAAUGCCACUGUUGAAAUAUAAAAUUACAGUAACUAAUGUAUAACAUAUCAUUUUGAUAAUAUAGAAAUAUAUGAUGAGCCCCAUGUUUGUAUCAAACAAUAUUUUGAUUAAGUAUUCUAAUUCAUAGAGGAUGCAUUUUAGGAGAAUGGGAAGGUCCUGAUACAUUGUGCUUAAGGGAAAUCAAGAUCUGCAUGUUUUACUGUGAUGUAUUUGAUGAGAAAGAAUGAUUGGCCUUUUGAAUAAGCAUAUGAUUUUGUAAGGGAAUGCAGAGAAAUUGUUUGCAUUAAUGAUGGUUUUAUUAAUUAAUUGAUUGAUUGA